GCUCUACUGUCACGUGGCACUGCUUCUGUUUCUAACAAAAUUAUAAAGCAUUUUGCUAUUUGGGCUUGGCCCACUAAAUGUAACAAAAAGUAGCAAGCUCAAAAACCACAAAAGAGCCCAGAAAUGAAUUGAUAGCGGACCCCUAUUAGUGAGUAUAAAUAGUUAAGAAUUGUUGGACUCGCAGAUAAAUUAGGGUUUUGCUGCAAGUAAUAGCCGAUAGCGCCGCAGCUCAGUCCCUGUUACUUACUCACUUGCAAUUUUGCCCAGCAUGGCGGCCACUCAGGCUCAGAUGAGCAAAAAACGAAAGUUUGUUGCCGACGGAGUUUUCUUUGCCGAAUUGAAUGAGGUUCUGACCAGAGAGCUCGCGGAGGAUGGUUACUCCGGUGUCGAAGUCAGGGUCACCCCUGUACGCACUGAGAUCAUCAUCAGAGCCACUCGCACCCAAAACGUUCUGGGUGAGAAGGGGAGGAGGAUCAGGGAGCUGACCUCAUUAGUUCAGAAGAGGUUCAAGUUUCCCGAGGGAAGCGUAGAGCUUUAUGCCGAGAAGGUUAACAAUAGAGGACUCUGUGCCAUUGCGCAGGCCGAGUCUCUCCGGUACAAACUCCUUGGAGGCCUUGCCGUUCGCAGGAAUGACGAUCAUUUUCGUUCCUGGCUGUGCAUUGGAUGGGCAUGUUAUGGUGUGUUGAGAUUUGUCAUGGAGAGUGGCGCAAAAGGAUGUGAGGUUAUUGUAAGUGGAAAGCUCAGGGCACAACGUGCCAAGGCGAUGAAGUUUAAGGAUGGCUAUAUGAUAUCCUCUGGUCAACCUGUUAAUGAGUACAUUGACUCUGCUGUUAGGCAUGUUCUUCUUAGACAGGGUGUGCUCGGUAUUAAGGUGAAGAUCAUGCUCGACUGGGAUCCCAAGGGGAAGCAAGGACCAAUGACCCCUCUCCCUGAUUUGGUGACCAUCCAUACUCCCAAAGAAGAGCUCUAUACUCCAGCUCCUCCAGCGGCGGCAAUCAACUUGGAUGCGCUUCCAUCUCCUGUUGCCAUGCCCGCCCCUGUUUCUGUAGUUUAAUCAGAAUCCGGUUGUUUUCACCUUUAUGUAGCAUCUUUGCAGCAGUUUUAUGUUUCAAUGAUGAGAGGAAACUUAAUGUUUCAAAUGGUUUGCAUAUCUGUGUUGUCCACCCUUUUCUAUCAUUUCAAAUGUUAUAAAUGCCGUGUGUAUAUUUCCUACCCAUUUAUGAUGUUUGUCAAUGCAGGCUCUUCUUUU